ACGGUGCAGCCGCUCGACCUGCUCCGGAGCGGACCGGGAGGCGGACAGAGUUUGUGGCGGCAGAGCAGCGGCCGCGCGUCGGGCUGGAACUAAGCGGAGGACCGCCGCCGGUGACUCCCGGAACCUACCGGACCUCCGUGCUUGUUUCUGGGGCGUUUUUUCGCCGUCCGGUGCUCCGUCCACAUCCCGCUCCUCCACCCCACCUCCCAGCGCGCCUUCAGCGGAGGAUGCUACCAGCCUCCCGGUGGUAACGGAGUAUCACAGUGACCCCCACCCAGCUGCUCACCCUCCGGACGGGUCUCCCCCCCCCCCCCGGCUGGACUCCAGCCGCUCCUCCGGUGAGGACGAAGCCGCGGCGGUGACGCGCAGCGCUGGUCACGACUGGAAAGUGGACAGAAAUUGUGAGAGAUUUUGGAGGAAUAAUUGUCCGCCUGGAUUGUGUGAUUUGUGUCCAGAUCUUUUUGUGGAUUUUUAAUUUCGGGAGUUUUUUUUUUUUUGUUUGUUUUCUUUGUUUUUUUUUCCUGGAGCGGCUCCGUCUGGACGCCGAGGAGGAGCGGAGCCUGUAGCCGGGCUGGAGCGCUCAGAGCUGGGGAACCGCGCGGCUCUUUCCCGGUCCAGAGAGCUGUCUGGAGUCAUGGCGCUGCCCAGGUGGGGGGUUCUGCUGGUUCUGGCCGUUGUCCUGCUGGCCUCCUGCGGCGCCGCGCCCACCGACAUCCUGUACCGGGUUCCUGAGGAGCAGCCGCCCAACACGCUGAUCGGCAGCCUGGCGUCGGACCAGGGCCUGCCCGACACCGGACACCUCUACAAGCUGGAGGUGGGCUCGCCCUACCUGAGGGUGGACGGCAAGACGGGCGACAUCUACACCACCGAGAUCCCCAUCGACCGCGAGACGCUCAGGGACUGCCGCAACCUGUUCCCGGGCGACAAAUGCUUCCUGGAGUUUGAGGUGUCGAUCACCGACAUGGUGAAGGGCAUCGGCUCGGGGCCGCGGCUCAUCGAGGGCCGCAUCGAGAUCCUGGACAUCAACGACAACACGCCGCAGUUCUCCUCGCCCAUCCUCACGCUGUCCAUCCCCGAGAACACGCACAUCGGCGCCCUCUUCUCCAUCCCCGUCGCCACCGACAAGGACUCCGGCGACAACGGCAUCGCCGAGUACACGCUGACCGCCGGGCCGGACGCCGACCAGCUCUUCAGCAUGCAGGUGGUGGUGGACACGGACGAGAAGCUGCCGCAGCUCAUCGUCAUGGGCAACCUGGACCGCGAGAAGAAGGACUCGUACGACCUGAACAUCCGGGUGGUGGAUGGUGGGAAGCCUCCCAGGGCCAGCAGCGCUCUGCUCAGGGUCACCGUCACCGACCAGAACGACAACGCCCCCAAGUUCGAGAGGAGUCAGUACGAAGCCGAGCUGCCGGAGAACAGUCCGCUGGGACACUCGGUGCUGCAGGUUCGAGCCAAUGACGCCGACACUGGCAGCAACGGAGAGAUUGACUACAGCCUCCACCAGGCGCCGGAGACGGUCCAGAGGCUUCUGCGUAUCGACCGCUCCUCAGGCGUCAUCUACGUCAAAGGUCUGGUGGACCGAGAAGAAGAAAAUUUCCUCAAGUUCUUUGUGGUGGCCAGAGAUCGUGGGCCCACCUCCAAGAGCUCCAAGGUCCUGGUGACCAUCAACGUCAAGGACCGCAAUGACAACCAACCUGCCAUCGAGAUCCGCGGCAUCGGCUUGGUAACACACCAGGACGGUGUGGCCAACAUCUCCGAGGAUAUGCCCAUCGGCACACCGGUGGCGCUGGUGCAGGUGUCGGACCGCGACGAAGGGGAGAACGCGGUGGUGACGUGCGUGGUCGCCGGCGACGUUCCAUUUCAGCUCCGGCCUGCGAGCGAGUCGGCCAACGAUCGGAAGAGGAAAUACUUCCUGCAGACGACGACCCUGCUGGAUUAUGAGCGCGUUAAGGAUUACAGGAUUGAAAUUGUCGCUGUGGAUUCUGGGAACCCGGCGCUGUCCAGCACCAACUCCCUCAAAGUCCAGGUCACGGACAUGAACGACAACACGCCCACCUUUUCCCCCGCCAUGCUGGAGGUGGACUUUGCAGAGGGAAACCACCCGGGUGAUAAAGUUCUGGAUGUCGUGGCGACCGAUGCUGACAGUGGCACCAAUGCAGAGCUGGUCUACAGCAUCAUCGAGCUCUCGGCCACUAGGCUGUUUGAAAUCGAUGCCGUCACCGGGGAGGUUCGUGUGAAAAACCUGCUGGAUCGGGAAGAAACGGAGCGCUACGAGUUCCGGGUGACGGCAGCCGAUAAGGGCGUUCCCAGUAAAACUGGCACCGCUACAGUGGUGAUAAAUGUUCUUGACCGCAACGACAACGACCCCAAGUUUAUGCUGAACGGUUACAGCUUCUCUGUCAACGAGAACAUGCCUCCGCUCAACCCCGUUGGUGUAGUAACUGUCACUGAUGCUGAUAAGGGCGAGAAUUCCAGAGUGAGGCUGUUUGUGGAACCAGAUAACGGGAAGUUUGUCGUCCAGAACGGGACAGGAACCAUCCUGUCCAGCAUCUCCUUCGACCGCGAGAAGGAGAGCACCUACACUUUCCGUCUGAAGGCCGUGGAUGCCGGUGAACCACCUCGAUCCUCCUACGUGGGCGUCACCAUCAACGUCCUGGACGAGAACGACAAUGCCCCCUACGUCACCAAGCCGGCUAACUCCUCCUACACCUACCUGACACCCGUCACCCCGCUGGACACCCGUGUGGAGGUGGUGGAGGCUGAGGACAUCGACGCCGGGCCCAACGCUGAGCUGUACUACAGCAUCACAGGCGGAAACCCGUACGGACUGUUCGAGAUCUCACCCAGCAGCGGUGAGAUCACGCUGGCGCAGGAAUUCACCGGAAAGCACAACGGGCUCCACCGGCUGGUCGUGAAGGUCAGCGAUAAAGGCAAACCUGCUCGCCACACCACCGCUCUGGUCCACGUCUUUGUCAACGACACCAAGUCCAACGUGUCUCUGAUCGAGGCGCUGGUCGGCCACAGCCUCUACACGCCCCUGGACAGGGACAUCGCCGGAGAUCCCAACUACGCCCUCGCUCAGCGCAGCAACAUCCUGUACGGCAGCCUGGCGGGAAUCGCUGGCGUGAUUCUGGUUAUUGUGGCCGUGGUGGUCAUCAGACACCGGCUGCAGAAGGACACUAAGAGCGGCUACCAGGCCGGCAAGAAGGAGAGUAAAGACCUGUACGCUCCGAAGCAAGGACCUAAAAACGGCAAGGGGAAAAAGAGCAAGAAAGGAAAAGCUCCAAAACCAGCCAAGCCGCUGGAGGAGGACGAGGAGGCGAGCCUCCAGAAAGGCCUCAAGUUCAACCUGAUCAACGACAACGUCAACGACAGUCCCAGAAUCCACCUGCCCCUGAACUAUCCUCCCGGAAGCCCCGAUCUGGGCCGCCACUACCGCUCCAACUCCCCCCUGCCGUCCAUCCAGCUGCAGCCGCAGUCGCCCUCCGCCUCAAAGAAGCACCAGGCCGUUCAGGACCUCCCCGCCACCAACACCUUCGUAGGGACGGGUGACAACAACUCCACGGGCUCCGACCAAUAUUCGGAUUACAGCUACAAGGCCAACCCACCCAAAUACAGCAACAAACAGCUGCCCCACCGCCGAGUCACCUUCUCCACGGCCAAUCAGGCUCAGGAUCUGCAGGACGCCUCCCAGCACAGCUACUACGACAGCGGCCUGGAGGAGUCGGAGACGCCCAGCUCCAAGUCAUCGUCGGGGCCCCGGAUCGGGCCCCUGGCUCUGCCCGAGGACCACUACGAGCGGACCACACCCGACGGCAGCAUCGGCGAGAUGGAGCACCCGGAGAACGACCUCAGGCCUCUUCCCGACGUGGCGAUGACCGGUAACUGCACCCGCGAGUGCACCGAGUUCGGCCACUCCGACUCCUGCUGGAUGCCCGGCGAGCCUUCCCCCAAUCGCAAGUUGUCCAAGAACGCCCCCAAGCUCUCCACCUUCGUGCCUUACCAGGAGAUGGACGGGCAGGAGCAGCUGAUGGCCAACGGCAGCCCCAAGCCCCUGACAGAGGAGCGUGGAUCGGGCAGCGGCGGCGGCAGCAGUUCCAAAGUGGCCAACAUGCGGUUCAUGACGCCCUACAGCAGUGCCUACCCGGGCGGCGGCGACCCGUCCGGUAAAGACUGUGGGCUGGAGGAGAUCCCGCUGAGCCAGGCGGUUGAGUACCACUCGGCCACCACCCCGACCGGCCAGACCUCCAAGAGGGAGAUCUACCUGUGAGGGCGCCGCUCUCUACCUUUAACCCCCGCAUCCAUCCCUCCACCUCCGCCCGUCUCCGCCCGUCGCUGCUCGCCGCCACCCACCCUGCCCCUCACGGCCGCCCCUGUGCCUAUAACCCAGCGCCGACUUCCUCUUCCUCCCUUUUUAUAACUGCAUCCAAGGCUUUAGACCCCGCCCACCCUCCACCUUCCACCACUCUAGAAACCAAUCAAAUGUAAAAUAGAAGUAAUCAGUGGAAGAAAACAGGAAUGUAAACUACACCGCAUCGUUGUGAUAUUUUAAUGGGAACAUAUUCAGCUACUCACGUAUUUGAGUUGGAUUUGUGUGCAUUGCUUUAGGCUAUGUUGCUGUGUCGGAACAGAAAAAGAAAAAACACCUUCAGGGGGAGAAGGGAAAGAACUCCUUGUAAAUCCUACUUAAGUAUACUGUGUAAUGCUAUCUAUCCUCAACUUUUUGGAUCUGUUUGAUUUGUUCUUUUUUUUUCGACCGAAGACACAUUUUGAGCCAAAUGGACGUGGCUCGUUUUUACCAGGAGCAGCUCAUCACUAAGACGUUUGCGGCUGUUUUACGACCUCCAGAGGCUCUCAGUUCUGCUCCUUUCUUUUGCCGUGAAGAGGUCUUUUUUCAUUGUACAGACCUGUAAAUACUAGAACAGUGACGACGGAGGGACUGCUGUGGCUCUGAGCGGAUCCGGUUGUUCUGUCUGCAGACCUCCAUCGGACCGGUGGACUGGAAACCUUCUGGUGUACGGAGAACCGGCACCACGGCGUUCACCGUCGCUCUGCAGGAACCUGGACUCUUGAGCAUCACCGACGGUGCCGAGUUUCAAGACUUUUUAUUGUUUUUUUUCUCUCCUCUGCAACUUUACAACACGGUUGAGUUUGAGUUCUCGAGGGGGCGAAAACACUCAAUGCUGAUUUAGUCAGAACCGGAAGAAAUCUGAGUUCCAAGUGGUUCAUUCAGUCGAUCUAAGAACCGAUGAUUUUAUCCAUGCUGCUGUCAGUAGUAUCCCAUAAUACAACCACCGAAAAUGUGUUUGGAAGUUAAAUUCAUUCACACAGGAGCCUAAAACCCCAAAAACUAGACAAAAAAAAUGACAUUUGCCUUUUCCAACACUGAAAUAUCUUCCACCGUGUUCCAUGUGGCGGCGCUGUAGAGAAGUUUUUAAGUUUGACAAUCGAUUAAUCCGUUGAGCGAAGCAAAAACCAUCAAACUAUUUCCAGCUUCAAGCUUCUCCAGUGCUUCUUUCUGUUUGUAUCGUUCUAGACGUAAAACUUUGACAGAUAAAGAAUAUUUUCUUUGAGGCUUUAGAUGCAAAGUUAGUCGUUUGACAUUAGAGGAAAGGUUGGGAGGUGAUUAAUAUCUGGAAGGUUCGUCCUCCAGGGAGCAGGAAUCGGUAAAUGUCAUCUGUUGCUUCAGUUUUGACAUUUAUUGGCUUAAAGCCAAGGUAACCAAAUUUGCAUGACAGGAGCCUAAAAUCCAAAAAACUAGGCAAAAAAAUAACAAAACAAAUGCACAUUCUGGUUUCCAUUUAUCAAAAUGACAUUUUCCUUUUCCAACACAGAAAUAUCUUCCACCUUGUUCCAUGUAGCGGCACUGUGGAGCAGUUUUUAAGUUUGACAAUCAAUUAGUCUGUUAAAUGAAGCAAAAACUAUCAAACUAUUUCCAGUUUCAGCCUCUCCAGUCUGAGGAUGUGUUGCUUCUUUCUGUUCGUAUCCUUCUGAACUUAAAACUUUGACAGAUAAAGGAUGUUUUCUUUGAGGCUUUAGAUACUAAGUUAGUUGUUUGACAUUAGAGGAAAGGUUGGGAGGUGAUUAAUAUCUGGACGGUUCAUCCUCCGGGGAGCAGGAAUCGGUAAAUGUCAUCUGUUGCUUCAGUUUUGACAUUUAUUGGCUUAAAGCGAUGGUAACCAAAUUUGCAUGACAGUAGCGCUGAAAGAAGGCAGGUCACCAUCUUGUUUAGCAUCAACCCCACAGAGAACAUGAAUAUUCAGGGAUGUUUCAUCUAAAUCUGUCUGAAUUUGUCAUGCUGGAGGCGCAAAGAUAUCCAUGAAAAUGCAGAUUAAGGUUUAGGUUUCAUUUAAUUUAUCAUAUAUACGAACACCUAGUCCCAAUUCGAUACCAAUUUCCAAGAUAAUACACACUUCAAAAACAUGGAAAGCUUCAAAGGUAAUCCAAUGCAACAUGUUGGAUAACUAAAGAGCGUUUCUGCAUCAAAGUUGUUCCUUAAUGUUGCAUAAAUGUUCACGAACCUUGUUGUAAAAGACGUAGAAAGCCUGUAAUGAUGUGAGUAAAUGUAUUAUAGAUCAGCUGUAGUUCCUGGUUGUUCCUGUUUAAUACCGUAGAGACCAGAGGAGGCAUCACUCAGACUACAGUUCAUGUUAAAGCAGAGAGCAUUGUGGGAGUUUAGCAGUAAUGGGCACCAUGACAAAGCCUUCUGAGGAGGUUCAUGACCUCCAACCAGAACUCAUCUAUUAAAUACAAACUAGGAUCAACUAGCACAGAGUUCUUGUAUCCCAGAAGCACAUACAGCAGCUAAAUCAGCACAGGACAAAUUAUUACUGUAAUCAGUUUGUGUUAUUGAUCAGUGAUUGAUGGUGUAGCUGAGUACUGAUUAUGAAAAUUAUUCCCAAUCUGCACCUCUAGCAUCCAUACACAGAUUCUGUUUUCCAUUGAAGACAGCUGUGUCACAGCAGAUAGAAACAAAAGAUGAGGCUAAGGUUCAUUCUGAUGCUAAUCAGUUAGGUUUAGCUAGCAAGGGGCACCAUGACAAAGACUUCUGUGGAGGUUAAUGACCUCCGACCAGAGUCAUGUGUCUCAAACAAACUAGGAUCAACUUGGACAGAGUUCCUGUAUACCAGUGGUUAAAAAAACAGAUAAUAAACCAUUUAUCUGUUGAUUAAAACUACAAGAACUACAAUAAACGUCCACUGAAUUUAAUUUCUCAAACAAGAAAAAACAACAACACGAGACGCAAAACAACAAAAACGAACCAAAAAAAAAAAACUCCAUAAAAACUGAGCUCGAUUUGUCAGUCUGAGGUUCAUGCAGAUCCAGAUCAGCUAAACAACACGUUGAUUAGUGUCACUCUUUGACAGUGUAGGGAUGUUCUGAUCCCAGGAUUUGUGGUUUUAAAGCUGAAAACUGGACUCUGCUGUUGUUUAAAGCCUCUGCUGUGGUUUCAGAGCCAGCAGCUGUUUGUUUUCCACCUCCAUCUAAUCCAGCUGUUGGUUUUCCACCUCCAUCUAAUCCAGCUGUUUGUUUUCCACCUCCAUCUAAUCCAGCUGUUGGUUUUCCACCUCCAUCUAAUCCAGCUGUUUGUUUUCCACCUCCAUCUAAUCCAGCUGUUGGUUUUCCACCUCCAUCUAUUCCAGCUGUUUGUUUUCCACCUCCAUCUCUUCCAGCUGUUUGUUUUCCACCUCCAUCUAAUCCAGCUGUUGGUUUUCCACCUCCAUCUAUUCCAGCUGUUUGUUUUCCACCUCCAUCUAUUCCAGCUGUUUGUUUUCCACCUCCAUCUAUUCCAGCUGUUGGUUUUCCACCUCCAUCUAAUCCAGCUGUUUGUUUUCCACCUCCAUCUCUUCCAGCUGUUGGUUUUCCACCUCCAUCUAAUCCAGCUGUUUGUUUUCCACCUCCAUCUAUUCCAGCUGUUUGUUUUCCACCUCCAUCUAUUCCAGCUGUUGGUUUUCCACCUCCAUCUAAUCCAGCUGUUUGUUUUCCACCUCCAUCUAUUCCAGCUGUUUGUUUUCCACCUCCAUCUAAUCCAGCUGUUUGUUUUCCACCUCCAUCUAAUCCAGCUGUUUGUUUUCCACCACUAUCUAAUCCAGCUGUUUGUUUUCCACCUCCAUCUAAUCCAGCUGUUUGUUUUCCACCUCCAUCUAAUCCAGCUGUUUGUUUUCCACCUCCAUCUAAUCCAGCUGUUUGUUUUCCACCUCCAUCUAUUCCAGCUGUUUGUUUUCCACCUCCAUCUCUUCCAGCUGUUUGUUUUCCACCUCCAUGUAAUCCAGCUGUUGGUUUUCCACCUCCAUCUCUUCCAGCUGUUUGUUUUCCACCUCCAUCUAAUCCAGCUGUUUGUUUUCCACCUCCAUCUCUUCCAGCUGUUUGUUUUCCACCUCCAUCUAAUCCAGCUGUUUGUUUUCCACCUCCAUCUAAUCCAGCUGUUUGUUUUCCACCUCCAUCUCUUCCAGCUGUUGGUUUUCCACCUCCAUCUAAUCCAGCUGUUGGUUUUCCACCUCCAUCUAAUCCAGCUGUUUGUUUUCCACCUCCAUCUAAUCCAGCUGUUGGUUUUCCACCUCCAUCUAAUCCAGCUGUUUGUUUUCCACCUCCAUCUAAUCCAGCUGUUUGUUUUCCACCUCCAUCUAAUCCAGCUGUUUGUUUUCCACCUCCAUCUAAUCCAGCUGUUGGUUUUCCACCUCCAUCUCUUCCAGCUGUUGGUUUUCCACCUCCAUCUAAUCCAGCUGUUGGUUUUCCACCUCCAUCUAAUCCAGCUGUUUGUUUUCCACCUCCAUCUAAUCCAGCUGUUUGUUUUCCACCUCCAUCUCUUCCAGCUGUUUGUUUUCCACCUCCAUCUAAUCCAGCUGUUUGUUUUCCACCUCCAUGUAAUCCAGCUGUGGAGGCGUCGGCGUCGGUGGCUGCUGAGUGUUUCCUGCUGAGUUGUGGAGCUUGGAGAAGCGGCUCUCAGGUCAGCUCGUUAGUUCCCACCUCUUUACCUCCUCAGCGGGAGGCCGGAGCCGCUCGGCGUUUAGCGCUGGUAUUUAUUAAACCUGUUAGCGGCGUGCAGCGGGGGAGGCGGCCGCCAUUUCCUGCGGCGCUGCGGCGACACAGCAGCGCAGGAUUAAUGACACCUGUUCGGGCUCCGGUCCACCAACACCCCCUCAGCUCUAAUUACAACCCGAGGCUCUGCACAUUGCCGGCAAUAAUUUGCGGCAGUAAAAGCGAGCCGGCUUGGAAGUUCAUUCGCUGCGAGUUUCAUGUUAAUGGCUGCCGAGGAUAAUGUGAGACUCCACCUGUGGAGAUGCUCGCCAGCUGAGAGUGGAUGGAUGAAAGCGACGGCGCAGUCAGAGCUGCGAAAACAUCCUCUGAACAAGUCGUUUAGCCUCACACUGAGCCGCUAACACUUAAAACAAAGCAAGAAAUCAACCGCCGUGCCGAGAUCAUCUCACAAAUCAGCCUCUUCCUCAACAUCUCAGGGAUCCAGAGGCAGUUUCUGAGCCAAAAAAUUACACUUUUUAACAUUUUAUAACUCAAACUGCAGCCUGAGAUGGCAGGAAAAGGACAUUAUAAAAGUUAAACCUGCAGCAGAAGAGCCUGGAAAGAGGCAGUAGAGCACAAGAGUAGAGGGGAAAAAGACAAAUGCACAACAAUGAGACACAAAAUGACAAAAAUCUGACACAAAACGACAAAAACGAGACAGAAAAUAACAAAAACGAGACACAAAACGACAAAAAUGAGACACAAAAUGACAAAAAUGAGACAUAAAAUGACAAAAACGAGACACAAAAUGACGAAAACGAGACAGAAAACAAAAAUGACACAGAAAACGACAAAAACAAGACACAGAAUGACAAAAACAAGACAGAAAAUGACAAAAACAAGACAGAAAAUGACAGAAACGAGACAGAAAAUGACAAAAACAAAUUUGAAAGGAAAACUUGUAAAAUGUUGCAAAGAUUUGAAAACAUUUGGAGAAGUUAUAAAAACAUCAAAACUCCAAAAUAAAACCUUCCUUGAUUUUGUGAGACAGUUUUCCCACUUUUAACGCCCAUAAUGGAGCUAAAAAGAUCUUUUCAGAGUAAAUUCUGACGUAACAUUUCACUCAGAUGACUGAAUAGUUCCAACUCUGCACAUUUAACACUCUUCAGGUCUUCUCUCCAUUUUUUCUUGUUUUUGUGGUAAAUUUGUGCAGCAUUUCACAAGUUUUCCCUUAAAAUUUGCUUUUCAAAUACAUGAUAACACGAUUUAAAGUUGAAAGUUGGCUUGAAUCUGACUUUUAAAGGAAAAAAUGCAGCUUGUGCAUCAUUAAUAUUAAAUUAAACUGCAUUUAAAAUGGUAUAAUUUUAUUUGACUAUGUCUGCAGAAUUUUUCAGUUUAUAAACUGUAAAUAAUUAAAAUAUAUGACAAGACUUUAUCAGGUCUUAUGACAAAUCAAACUACUACGAUCAGAACUAUUCACGCUUCUGCAGGAUUUAAGGCACAUUUUAGUGAUUUUACACCCAAAUCGUGAUAAAAUCUGCCUCUUCCUGUUUAAUUUCAGUCGACUUCUGUGAAGUUGUUCCACCACAUUUGUUCUCGGAGAUGUUUCGCUGCUUAAUGUGAGUCUAAAUGACGAGUUGUGUGUUUCUUGCAGCAUGUGAUCGGAACAUUCAGCCUCCGAAACCACAGGGAGGAAAUCAAAGCGACGCCGGCAGCAGAUCUGGUCCAUGUGAGAGGCUGAUUUAUCAGACCGCUGCACUUCCUGUCAUCUCGGAUCGCUUCUUACCGUGCGUCUGUUUGGCUGAAAACGCAAAAAAAGUGGAAAAAGUUGAACAUUUUGGCUCUUAAAUACAACAAAAGCAGCUAAAAACUCAACAUGACUUUUAGCUAGUAGAUCUGCAUCCUACAUUUCCCAUAAUGCACCUGGUCAGACUUCUAUUUUUGAUUAAAAUUUGUCGGACCGCUGCUUCACUUCCUGUCGUCCCUGACUGCUUCCGUCCGUUUGGCUGUGAGGAUCUCUGGACUCCUCAGAAGGCGUUCUGAUUAAUCGUCAUCGUAUCUGCCGUCCGUUCCUCUCCACAUAAAUCAGCCGUCGUCCCGCCAACAUCCAGGCCUCCCGCUGACAGAGAUUUAGAGCUGACGGGCGCUGCCGCCGUCCCCAGUGCUCGGUGAUUUAACGCCACCGCUCAGUGCUCUGAUUGAUUAUUUACGGGCCGACAUGGAGGUCCUCCUUCCUCCUCCCUGAGCCGCUGCUUUUAUUCCUCCAAUGAUCAGCUGACCGGCCGUAGUGCUGCGUCAGGUAAAGAUGGAGGAGAGGUCCCCCGGUGGAGGUUUGACCUCAACGCUUUGGCACCAAUUAACCCCAGAAGAGGAAAAACAACCUCUGGUGACCCUCGGUGACCUUCACUGAGCCGCUGCUGGCUUCAGCUGGCAGGAAAACCAACAGGAACACAGCCACUUCAGCGUUAUUCUGCUUAUUACAGGCAGGAAAACACACACUCAGGCUCGUUUUAGUGUCUUUUAGAGACUUUAAUGCAGCCGAUUAAUAAGUCUGAAGAGCCAGAAGUAUGUGGAUGCCUGAUUAUGAGUCUUUCCUGCAGAAAUCACCGAAAUCAACCCCAGAAAUACAACAGAAUCAGUGAAAACAGCGUCAGAACUCAGGAAAUGUGUCUCUGAUUUAUUCUGCUUAUAAUAAGACAAAAAACGAGAAAGAAAAUUGACAAAAAAUGACAAAAAUCUGACAAAAAUGAGACACAAAAUGACAAAAAUGAGACGCAAAACGACAAAAAUGAGACACAAAAUGACAAAAAUGAGACACAAAACGACAAGAAUGAGACAAAAAAUGACAAAAACAAGACCAAAAACUCAGGAAAUGAGUCUCUGAUUGAAUUUAUUUAUUAUCAUUUGGGCCCCCUUAAAGAAAUUUAAGGUGGAUCUUUGAGAAUUUGGCAGCCAGGUGUUUAACUUCCAGAGUGAAGAGCAUGCGGACGCCUGAAUGUUCCUCCUCAGGUUGGUGUUUGACUGCUCGUCUUCUGCUUCCAGACCUGACAGCAGAUGUUUGUCUUCUGAUUCCAGGUCAGACUCAUUUGAAGUGUUCUUUGUGGAGGUGGCACCGGGUGAACGUCACGUUUAAAUAAAAAACUAACCACUCUGGUGA